AUGAACAAAGCAUUUGUAUUCAUAUUAUGUUAUUUCGCUCUUUUUCUGCAUUCGAACACGGUAAGAACAACGCGCAGUCAUGAUGAAUCACCUAAUAAAUAUGUAAAAUUAACAAGAAAGUCCAAUGUACAAGCACAGAAUGAAGAUAAAGUCGAGAAAAAGAAAAAAUUAAUAAAACAAUCUUUUCUUCAAUUUAAUAUUCUAGCAAACAGUCCACCUCCACCAUGUGUAGGUGAUGAUGACUGCUUUUGCAAAAAUUUUUACGAUUUAACUUUAAUUUUAGAUGAAUCUGCAAGCAUAGGAAUUAAAAAUUGGAAGAAUUACGUCAUACCGUUUACAGAUAAAAUUAUAAAGGAUUUACAUAUUAGUGAAAAUGAAGUGCACGUAGGCAUUUUGUUAUUUUCUUCCAAAAAUAGAGAUUAUAUAACAUUUAACGAAGAUGCACGUUAUAAAAAAGAUGAUAUUUUAAACAAAGUAGAUAAACUAAAAACAAAUUAUGGUAAUGGCAGUGGUACAAAAAUUUUAGAAGCUUUAAAGUACUCUAUGCAAAAUUAUUCGAAGCACAUAAAAGGAAGAUCGGAUGCACCUAAAGUAACAAUACUAUUUACUGAUGGUAACGAUACUAGAGCAAAAGAUACAGAGCUCUUUAAUAUGGGCUUAUCCUAUCGAAAAGAGCAUGUAAAAUUAUUAGUUCUUGGUGUCGCAGCAGCGAAAGAUAAAAAUUUAAAAUUAAUUGCUGGGUGUGAUAAAAAUUCCAGUUGUCCUUAUUCUAUGAAAGCUGAAUGGGAAACCAUAAACGAUAUAACAAAAAAACUGACUUCUAAAAUAUGUCAUGCAGAGCCAGAACCAGAGCCAGAGACUGAACCCGAGCCCGCACAACCAAACACCCCUUGUCAAGGUGAUGCUUGCUUUUGUGAGGAUUAUUAUGAUUUAACUUUAAUUAUAGAUGAAUCAGGAAGUAUAACAGAAAAUAAAUGGAAAAAAGAUGUUAUUCCAUUUGCAGAACAAGUUGUAAAUAAUUUAAAUAUAAGUAAAGAUAAAGUACAUGUAGGAAUUAUUCGUUUUUCCAUAAACGUAAGAACAGAUGUUAGUUAUGAUCAAGAAACAAGAUACAUGAAAAAAGACAUAAUAAAUGUAGUUAAAGGGUUAACAGACAAGUAUGGAAGAGGAUCAGGUACACGUAUUGUCGAAACUUUGGAAUUUUCUCUAAAAAAUUUCACAAAACAUCCAAACAGUAGACCAAAUGCACCCAAAGUGACGAUACUAUUUACGGAUGGCAAUGAAACUUCUAAAAAUAUGAAAGAUAUAGGUAAUAUGGGAUUGUUAUAUAAGAAAGAAAAUGUAAAACUAAUAGUAGUAGGAGUUUAUCAAGCUACUCUAGCAAAUUUAAAAUUAUUAGCUGGUUGUCAAGAAAAUGAAUAUUGUCCACAAGUUAUGAAAUUAAGCUGGGAAGAAUUAACUAGGAUAACGAAAGUGCUUACAGAUAAAAUAUGUGAUAUCGAUACAGGAGAAACUCCAGGAUCGUCCGAAAGUAAUCCAGGUUCGCCAGAGAGCAAUCCAGGUUCGCCAGAGAGCAAUCCAGGUUCUCCAGAAGGUAAUCCAAGUUCUCCAGAAGGUAAUCCAAGUUCUCCAGAAGGUAAUCCAAGUUCUCCAGAAGGUAAUCCAAGUUCUCCAGAAGGUAAUCCAAGUUCACCAGAAGGUAAUCCAAGUUCACCAGAAGGUAAUCCAAGUUCUCCAGAGAGCAAUCCAGGUUCUCCAGAAAGUAAUCCAAGUUCACCAGAAGGUAAUCCAAGUUCACCAGAAGGUAAUCCAAGUUCUCCAGAAAGCAACCCCGGUUCUCCAGGAAGCGCAGAGCCAGAACAUUUGCCUUGUUCAGACUUCAAAGACUGCUACUGUAAAGAUUUUUAUGACCUAACUUUCCUCUUAGACGAAUCAGCAAGUAUUGGCGAUUUUAGAUGGUCUCACGAAGUAGUUCCAUUUGCGAAGGAAAUGGUACGAUCUUUAAAUGUAGGCUAUAAUACAGUACAUGUUGGAGUUAUGCUUUUUUCAGAUCAUAGUAGAGAUAUUGUUAGAUUUUCUGACAAAGCAAGAUAUGAAAAAGGGAACUUAAUGCAAAAAAUAGAAGAUUUAAAAAGAAAUUACAAAAACGGAAAGAAAACAUUUAUGGUUCAAAGUCUAGAUUAUGCAUUAAGAUAUUUCAUGAAAAUUUCAAAUAGAACUAAGGCACCUAAAAUUACAAUGCUAUUUACGGAUGGUAAUGAUUCUAGUGAAUCAGAUGAGCUAUUACAUCAUAUCGGAUUAUUAUAUAGAAAAGAAAAAGUAAAAUUAUUAGUAUUAGGAGUCUCAAUGGCUAAUGAAAAUAAGUUGAAAAUCUUAGUCGGAUGUCCACAAAAUAAUGAAAUUUGUCCUUUUAUUAUUAGGGCUGAAUGGGGUCAAUUAAAUGUCAUGUCAAAUGUAUUUGUUAAGAAAAUAUGUGAUACAGGGUCAGUAGUAGUACCACCACCAGAAGUUGAUAAGCCUGAACCAACACCAUCUAAUCCAUGUAGCGGAAAUGAUUGCCUUUGUGAAAAUAUAUAUGAUUUAACUUUAAUUUUGGAUGAAUCCGCAAGCAUAGGUUACGAUAAUUGGAAAAAUCAAGUAUUCCCAUUUGUUGUAAAAAUUAUUGACAAUUUAGAUGUUUCUGAUAGCAAGGUGCAUGUUGGAAUUAUGCUAUUCGCUAAAAAUAUGAGAGAUUUUGUUAAAUUUUCUGAUGAAGCAAGUUCUAAUAAGAACACGUUAACACAGAAAGUUCAAGAACUAAAAAGCUCUUAUAAGGCGGGAAGUUAUACAUAUAUAGUAGAAGCACUAGAAUACGGAUUAGAAAAAUACGCAAAAUACAUAAAAGAUGAAAAAAAUAGUAGGUUAUAUGUGCCUAAAGUAACCAUGUUAUUUACUGAUGGUAAUAACAGUAAAUCUGGUGAUACAAUUUUGUCAGAUGUAAGUGCAUUGUAUAAGAAAGAAAAUGUAAAAUUGUUGGUGAUAGGUGUUGGUAGAGCUCUCAUGAAUAAUUUAAGAUUACUGGCUGGAUGUCAUAAAACAAAUGGAGAUUGCCCAUCUGCUAUAAAAACGGAUUGGGACAAUAUAAAAAAUAUAUCCAAAGGAAUGGUUGAUAAAAUAUGUGAUACAGAGAGUCCUAUAGAUGAAACUGAAGCUCCCCCUUCCAUUUCACCCCCUCAGUGUAUAGGAAAUGAAUGUUUUUGUAAAGAUUACUUCGAUUUAACGUUUAUUGGAGUACCAUCAACAACAAGGGCAAAAAAUUAUAAAAGCGGAAAUGAUUUUAAGGAUUAUGCUAAAAAUAUAAUUAACAUUUUCCAUAUAGGUGAACAACAUGUUCAUGUAGCACUUUCCAUAUAUUUAGGAUCAAAAAGUAUUAACACUAAUUUUGAUGAUACAAAAGCAUAUAAUAAAGGGGAUUUACUAAACGCUUUAGAAAAUGGUAUAGAUGAUUGGUAUACCAAUAAUAAAACGAACAUUACAAAUGCGUUAGAACUAGGAUUAAAACAGUCUUUUGGAAAUGGGAAUAGAGAAAAAGCUCCUAAAGUUGCUGUAUUACUCACAAAUAGUAAUAAUGAUAUAUCUGAACAAGGAACAUUAAAAAAUAUGUCAAAAAAUUAUGCAGAUAAAAAAGUGAAAUUAUUAAUAGUAGCAUUGGAAAGCUUACCUAAAGAAAUAUUAUACAUUGCAGGUGGAUGCAAUGUAGAUACGAAUGACUGUCCAAAUGUGUUUAUUACAUCUCUUCUUUCAUCUGAUAUAAAUAAUACUGUCGAAUCUUUUGUAGGAAAAAACAUUUGUGAUAUAGACACUGAUGGUACACAAGUUCCACCAGAUUUCUCCUGUUCGGAUGAAUCAUGUGAAGAAUGUGAUGAUGAUGUAUGUGAUAGUAAUUCUAUAUGUAAAAAAUCUUUAGAUAUAGCUAUUGUCUUAGAUCAAUCGGUAAACAUUAGUAAAGAACAAUGGAAUAGGUAUGUAAAGCCUUUUGCUACACAAAUAGUUAAACAAAAUUAUUUGUCCAAAUAUAGAACGCAUGUAACUGUAGUAAAAAUGAAAAAAAAAGUUAAGCAAGAAUGGAGUUUAGAUAAAAAAAUAAGUUACAAAAAAAAUAAAAUUAUCAGUAAAAUAAACAAACUACUGAUAUCACACUCAAGUAAAAAAGAUAUAGCAGAUAAUUUAAAAUAUCUGAGGGAAAAGGUAUUCAGUAAUGCACCAACAUAUAAAAGGAAACUAAUCAUAAUGUUAGUUGAAGGAAAAUCAAACACGGAUUUGAAUGAAUUAAGAAAAGAAAUGUCCUUAUUAAGAAUAAAUAAAAUAGAUCUAUUUGUAUAUGCAAUAGAUACUAUCGAUGAGAAGGAAUAUCAAAUUCUUGGGGAUUGUGAAAAAGCAUCUACCUUGUCCAAGUGUAAGAAUAUAAUUAAAGUAUCUUGGGAAAAUUUACUAUCUGCUUCAGAAGUAGAGGGCAGCCAUAUAUGUAAUCAAUACCCUGAAGAUGCAGAAUGUUCUGAAUGGGGUGACUGGAGUCCAUGUCCUGAUAAUAAUACAUGUAAUAUCAAUCAUGCUUUUAGUAAAAGAGAAAGAAAGGGACCAUCAUAUACAUUAAAAGAAGAAGGAUUUCUUGGAGAUCAAUACGGUAGUUCAUGUAUGGACUUGAGUUCUAUUGAAUAUAAAAAAUGCCCUGUAAAAGAAGAGUGCAAUGAUUUGUGUGGAGAUUUUGGGGAAUGGAGUCCAUGUAAUGCUACCUGUGGAGAUGGUAUAAGAAUAAGACGUAGAGAUACCUCUUCAGAUAGUGACGAGUGUAAAAAAUUUAAUUCAACUGAAUUAGAAGCAUGUAAUGUUCAAAACUGUGAUUCCACUGGUACAAUUACGACAGAUGUAUGUGAGGACAUUGGCGAAUGGGGAGAAUGGUCUUCUUGUUCGAAGACAUGUGGAUAUUCUAUUAGAUCAAGGACUUUUACAAUUUUACCAGAGGACAUUGAUGAGCAACAUGAACAUUGCAAAACGUUUGAAAAGAUAGAAACAGAAGUAUGUUCAGUGCCUAGAUGCGAAGAUGAAAAAUGUUUUGACUGGUCAGAAUGGACCGAGUGGUCAGCAACAUGUGGGCCUAGAAAAAGGGUUCAAAGAGCUCAUGUAAUUGUAGGGAAUGGUAACAGUAACACCAGAGGUGGUGGAGGAGUCACUAAUGCAAAUAGUCGUAGUAUCGAAUAUAGAAAAGAACUAGAUGAAUGCGAAGGCCAUUAUUACUAUCAAGAUAAGGUUGAACAUGAUGAGGGUACCCCAUGCACGAACAAUCCAUGCGGUGAUUGGACAGAAUGGUCAGAAUGUGAUCGAACAUGUAAUGUUGGAAUGAGAAUAAGACAUUUUGUUUCUAAUGUGCUUUAUUUUGAUGGAGAGGAAAAAGAUUCGUGUUUAGAAUACUACAAUAAAGUAGAGACGGAACCUUGUUUGAAUUUACCCCUGUGUGACGGUGGGGAGUGCAAUGACUGGGAAACGUGGGUGGAUUGCAAAAAGGAGGAACGAUCGGAGCGAUCCCCAUCUGGAUGGAUGCCAUCUGAAUCACUGUCCUCUACAUCGUUAGCGACGACAUCAUCUUGUCAUAUUCCAAAUAAAAGAAUACUUACGAGAAAACUAGAUUUACUGAAAAAUAUAAAAAAUAGUGAAUUAGUAUCUCCAUUUUGUAACGAUUACAAAUUAUUUAGAGAAGAGGAAUGUCCUGCACCCAGUGAUCAAUGCAUUGAUGCUUUAUGUAAUGAAUGGGAAGAGUGGGGAAAUUGUUCAGCAACAUGUGGAAUAGAAUCAUUCAGAUCAAGAAGAAGGAGAGAACCUUUAGAAUUGAUACCCCCAUCACAAGAUAUGAACGGGAAUAUUGGUUUAACCUGUGAACAGCAGAAUAUAAAAGUUGAAGAGACGGAAAUGUGCGAUGUUCCAGCUUGCGCGUCAGUUGACGUGGGUGGUGGGAGCAACGGAAGUAGCGGCGGGGGAAAGGAUAAAAAUGAUGCAAAUAAAAACGAAGGUUUAGGAACAGGUGAAAAGGUUUCCCUAGCAGCAGGUAUAAUCGGACUAUUAGCCCUAACAGCUGGAGGAUUAAUAUAUGGGUAUAAUGCUUUAAAUGGGGGAGAGGCACCACAUAGUUCUAAUAUGGAGUUUGAAAAUGUUGAAAAUAAUGAAGGUUCAAAUGAACAAGAAAAUGAAGAUUUUGAAGUUGUUGACGCGAAUGACCCGAUGUGGAAUUAG